CAUGCUCGGCACCAUGAUGUACCCUGGCGCGGAGGAAGAGGACUUGCGAGUGCCCCCCAUCCAGCUCGAACAUCUACCCGAAGUGUUCCUAUCUAGUAUCCCGAAGUGUGGCGGCUGUCAUGAGAUGAUAGUGGACCGGUACGUGCUGAAGGUGUCCGACCGGACGUGGCACGCGGGCUGCCUGCGGUGCGUCGAGUGCCGCGCCAUGCUGUCCGGGAAAUGCUUCGCGAGGAAUAACCAGCUGUACUGUACGGACGAUUUCUUCAAGCGGUUCGGCACCAAGUGCGCGGGCUGCGGGCAGGGCAUCCCUCCGACGCAGGUGGUGCGCCGCGCCCAGUCCCACGUGUACCACCUACGCUGCUUCGCCUGUGCAGCCUGUGCUAGAACCCUCAAUACUGGCGACGAGUUCUACCUGAUGGAGGACGGGAAACUGGUCUGCAAGCCGGACUAUGAAGCGGCGAGAGCGAAAGGCGAGGGUUCCCUGGACGGGGACGCGGCUAGCAAGCGGCCCCGGACCACCAUCACAGCGAAGCAACUGGAGACCCUGAAGAGUGCCUACAGCAGUAGUCCGAAGCCUGCGAGGCAUGUCAGGGAACAGCUGGCCCAUGAUACAGGGCUCGACAUGCGGGUGGUUCAAGUCUGGUUUCAAAACAGACGAGCGAAAGAAAAGCGUCUAAAGAAAGACGCCGGGCGAACGCGCUGGUCCCAGUACUUCAGGUCCAUGAAGAGCGGCGGAGGAUCACCAAGACACGACCGAUUGCUCGACAAGGACGAACUCAAGAUUGAUCUUGACUCUUUCAGUCAUCAUGAACUCAGCAACGACAGCUACAGUACGGUGGCUUUGGGCGGCGAGGAAGGCUCCCCGGCGGGCGGGGGCGGCGCGGGCGCUACGGGGGGCGCGCGCUAUGCCGCUACGCCGCCCUACCUGCGAACGCAUUCGCCACCGCACCCGCAUUACCACUACCCUCCAGAUCACCUCGUUUACACCAAUAUCGGCCAAGCGAUGAGCGGCGCCGGCAUCGGCGGAGCGGGAACGGGCGGAGCAUCCGACCUCAGCAGUUCCUCAUCUCCCGCUGCCGGGGGUUAUCCCGAUUUCCCACCGUCCCCUGACUCGUGGUUAGGAGAGCCUCACCACUACUCGCCUAGGGGAUUCCCCUAGCGGCGGCCGCCGCCGGCGCACGCGCCGCCUGUGGCUCCACUCCAAGCGCCCUACCCGCUCGCGCAACCGCUGGAACUAGUGGUCAAGAGGGAGCUGUGAUCGCUCCACAGUGAGCAGUUACGGAUGUAAAUAAAUGGAAACAAUAUGUGUAUAGGAGAAUGACCAAUGCGAACGCCGCGCAUGGACAAUCGGUAAAGUAGGGUAUGGUUAUGAUGUGUUCGCAGGUGAAAUCCUCUAA